GCCGCAAAGCACGUCUCUACGCUGGGCGGGGCUACAGCAGACUUGCUCGCGUAUGACGAGUUCCGGUAGCGCGCACGUUUUUUCUCCGCGUGUCUCAAGCCGUAGUGAGGGGAACCAUGAAACGACCCAAGCUCAGGAAGGGCAGCAAGCGGAUGACAUGCAGCAAACGCUAUAAGAUUCAGAAGAAGGUCAGAGAUCACAAACGUAAAGUGAGGAAAGAAGCAAAGAAAAGUGGUUUUAAGAAGCCAAAGAAGGACAUUACUAUCCCCAACGAUGCCCCGUUUAAAGAGGACGUCCUCCGGGAGGCAGAGCUCCGGAAGCAGCGGCGCGAGGAGUUGAAGCAAGCUCAGAAGCUUGAAAGACAGAAAGAAGUUGCGAAGAAAAGAAACAUUGAGAGAACCAAAUCUGAUUCACCUGAAAAGAAAAAGACAGAGAAAACGGAAAAGAAAGAAAAAUCCAAACUGAAAUCUGGUAACCGAAGCAAUGACAUCCCCGAGAGGUCUUUGUGCGGUGAAGUGAAGAAGGUGAUCGAGGCUUCGGAUGUUGUCUUGGAGGUGCUGGACGCCAGGGAUCCCAUCGGCAGCCGAUGUGUGCAGGCCGAGGAAGCGGUCCUCAGGUUCCCAAACAAAAAGCUCUUCCUCAUCCUCAAUAAAAGUGACUUGGUACCCAAGGCAAAUCUUGAAAAAUGGUUGUGUUUCCUAAAUAAAGAGAUCCCGACCCUGGUGUUUAAAUGUUCCACGCAAGUACAGGAGCGGAAACUGGAGGAGAAGAAGGUGAAGCCUGGCUGUAUCGACGUUUCACACGGGACCGUCUGUUAUGGAGGAAAUGCUUUGCUGAGGCUCCUCCACGACCUGUGUCCUUCCCCGAAUAUAGGAAUUAAAGUUGGGAUAAUAGGAUUUCCAAACGUUGGCAAGAGCAGUUUGAUCAACAGUUUACGGCAGAUUCAUGUCUGUAAAGUGGGAGCCAUGAAAGGCACCACAAAAGUCCUGCAGGAGGUGAAUAUCGACAACCAGAUCAAAAUGAUUGAUGGUCCUGGCCUUGUGGUGUCUCCCAGUAACCGUGAAGUCACAGUGACACUGAGAGGCAUCCAUCAGGCUGUUGGUGAUGGCGUCCUGGGAGCUGUGAACAUCAUCUUAAAGCACAGCGAUAAACAGCAGGUUAUGUUACAGUACAACAUUUCAGACUUCCGAAACCCCUUGGAGUUUCUAACGUUACUUGCGCAUAAAAGAGGCAUGCUGAAGAAGGGCGGCAUUCCAGACACGGAGAGCGCGGCAAAGCUGUUACUGAACGACUGGAUUGGAGCGAAGCUGAGUUACCAUUCAUCCCCACCAGCUGCUAAGUGCCAACAUAUCGAUGGAGCCAUGACGGGCCGGCUCCGGGAAGGUCUUAACCUGGGGCUUCUAGAGGCAGACAACCUUCAGACUGUUAAAGCACUGAAGUGUCCCAGCUCUGCUAGCAGCAUUUCGUUUAAAUCACCCGGUCUGACCAGUGGCAUAUUGGAUGAGAAUGAAAUUGUACAAAAGGAGGAACAGAUGGCGGUCGAUCAGGAGCCUGAAGACCCUGACAGCGAGGAGGAUGACAACGCUUUGGGGGAAGCUGAUAAAGAGGAUGAGGACAGUGGGGAUAAAAGCCCAGAAGUAUCUGAGGAACCGGACUCCACACAGAAAAACGAUAUCAAAGCAAUACCUCCAAAAGAUGGGAUUAGAUCGGUCUGCUUCGACAAACAGGAAGAUGCUGAUUCUUACGACUUUAAUAGAGAUUUUGUCUGAGAUUGGGGUUUGUCAUUUUGCGCCUGCUGUCCCUCCAUUAUCUGUGUAAACUCUUCAUUCCCUGUACUGCUCCUGGCCGUGGAGAUGAAACAUGGGUUCUGUGAAUCUGAUGAAUCAUUUGUAUUAAGUCCUAGAGGUGUUGGAAGCGGAAAGUAAAUAUGAUGUGUAACAGAA